CUCUCAGAGAGCGGAGCUACACUGGUGCUGAGGCCUGGGCACUGGCAGCUCUCCCGGGAGGCGAGCAAGGAAGGCAGUGGCCCGGACCUUGCACCGCGGAGCACAGGGAGGGGACGGGACUCUUUGACGUGGCGGAGGGGUCUGACGGUGUCCGACACGCCGCCAUCUUUGGUCCAGUGCUGCGGCGGAGGCUGUGGUGAAGGAGGAGGAGGAGCCGACGGCGCUGGCACCGAGGCCUGACCAUGGAUGAGGAAUACGAUGUGAUCGUGCUGGGCACCGGCCUCACAGAAUGCAUCCUGUCAGGCAUCAUGUCUGUGAACGGGAAGAAGGUACUGCACAUGGACCGGAACCCCUACUAUGGGGGUGAGAGCUCCUCUAUCACACCCCUGGAGGAGCUGUAUAAGCGUUUUCAGUUGCUGGAGGGGCCACCUGAGUCAAUGGGCCGGGGCCGAGACUGGAAUGUUGACCUGAUCCCCAAAUUCCUCAUGGCCAAUGGGCAGCUGGUAAAGAUGCUACUGUACACAGAGGUGACUCGCUACUUGGACUUCAAGGUGGUGGAAGGCAGCUUUGUCUACAAGGGAGGCAAGAUCUACAAAGUGCCAUCCACUGAGACUGAAGCCUUGGCUUCUAAUCUGAUGGGUAUGUUUGAGAAACGGCGCUUCCGCAAGUUCCUAGUGUUUGUGGCAAACUUUGAUGAGAAUGACCCCAAGACCUUUGAGGGCGUCGACCCCGAGAUCACAAGCAUGCGUGAUGUCUACCGGAAGUUCGACCUGGGCCAGGACGUCAUUGACUUCACUGGCCACGCCCUGGCGCUCUACCGCACUGAUGACUACUUGGACCAGCCCUGUCUUGAGACCAUCAAUCGCAUCAAGUUGUACAGCGAGUCCCUGGCCCGGUAUGGCAAGAGCCCGUAUUUAUACCCACUCUAUGGCCUUGGAGAGCUGCCUCAAGGCUUUGCGAGAUUGAGUGCCAUCUAUGGGGGGACGUACAUGCUGAACAAACCUGUGGAUGACAUCAUCAUGGAGAACGGCAAGGUGGUGGGUGUGAAGUCUGAGGGAGAGGUGGCCCGAUGCAAGCAGCUGAUCUGUGACCCCAGCUAUGUUCCAGACCGUGUGCGAAAGGCUGGCCAGGUUAUCCGCAUCAUCUGUAUCCUUAGCCACCCCAUCAAGAACACCAACGAUGCCAACUCCUGCCAAAUCAUCAUCCCCCAGAACCAGGUUAACAGGAAGUCAGACAUCUAUGUGUGCAUGAUCUCCUAUGCACACAACGUGGCUGCUCAGGGCAAAUACAUCGCCAUUGCCAGCACCACGGUGGAGACCACGGAGCCUGAAAAGGAGGUUGAGCCCGCCCUGGAGCUGCUGGAGCCCAUUGACCAGAAGUUUGUGGCCAUCAGUGACUUGUAUGAACCUAUUGACGAUGGGUCUGAGAGCCAGGUGUUCUGUUCCUGCUCCUACGAUGCCACCACACACUUUGAGACAACAUGCAAUGACAUCAAAGACAUCUACAAGCGCAUGGCAGGCUCCGCCUUUGACUUUGAGAACAUGAAGCGCAAACAGAAUGAUGUCUUUGGAGAAGCUGACCAGUGAUUGCUGACCCUCCCCCAACCCUGGAUACCCUCUCCCCUGCUCUCUUCCAGGGCUAGGGAGAUGGGCAUGGCUGGGCACCCCUGUUUCCAGCAUCCUCUGCGUCCCCCACCACAUUCCUGUCACCCACCUCAUUGAUUCACUGACCAAAUCCUUAAUCUUAGUGAUGGUUCGGGAGAUGGGGGGGCGGGGGUUGGAUAGCGUUCUCUUUCUUGGCCCUUACUUAUCCUGGGAAAGAGGGUUCCCCUCCUUAUGUGUGUUUCUUCCCCCUACCAGUGAUUCUUCUGCUCUGUUUGGGAAGAACGUGGAGGAAAAGCUGACUUCUGCCCCCACUGCGCUUCCUCCCACUGUAGUGGCCUUUGGAGAUGUCCCCUGCCUCCCCCCCACCAACUCUCUUAUGUGUUGGAGAGAAGGGGCCCUCCCAGCACAAAGUUUCAUCCUGCAUUCCCCACCCCCGUUAAUUUAUUCUAAUUUAUUAACUUUUGCCCUCUCUGUCUGAGGAGUGCUGUACCCCUCCAUUGCAGUCUUGAGUGCCCGGGGCUGUGGAGCAGCUCCCUUGGCUACCUAGGCUACCCAGGAGGGGAAAGGGCUUGGGUGUGGCCCUGUUGGAGGUUGAUCUUAUUGUUUUUGUUUUUUGUGUCUUUGUGUUUGUGUCUUUUGGUACUUGCUGAGAGAGAAAUGUGAGCAAAGCAGAAGGAGGUGGGAAAAUGGAUCCAGAACCCCAGUGUACCCCCCCUCCACGACGUUCCCUUAGUGGUGGGAAACCCUUAUCUUGCAAAGUGAAUGAGCCCUUCCCCAACCUCUAGUGUAUUUCACAGAAAACAAAACCUCCCAAUAAAAUUGUGUGGAAACCUAA